AUGGAUAAAGUAGAUGACAUCAUUCCCACUAUCCGGUAUCAUGACCCCCUAUAUACGCCACGGACGGGAAGAGAAAAGUGGCCCCUCCAGGGUCACUAUGAAAAUAACACUUACAUAGACUGGAUGAAGGAGUCCAACAGAGAAAGUGGAAGUCAAUUGUCUCUGAAAAAGUGGCUCACAUUAAUAGGCUUCUCGUUGUUGGUGGGAUACGCCACAGUGAUCAUUGACUUGUUUUCAGUUUUCCUCAACGACCUCAGAAAAGGGCUAUGCUUCUCCUCACUAGAUACUUGGUCUUUACUCAAUCCGUACCUGACUUGUCCAGCAGACCACUGGUACGACUGGCUGCAAAUUAUCUCUGGGUCUGGCAAUAUUGUUGUCAGCGGCAUUUUGGGAUUUCCCAUAUAUUUAUCGCUAGUGUUGGUGUUUUCAAUGACUGCUGGCUACCUUACGAUGAACAGGGCGCCCAUGAUCAAACAGUCGGGUAUUCCUGAGUUGAAGCUAAUUAUUUCGGGUUUCAACUACUACUUGAAAAGCUAUUUGGGUGCAAGAACACUUCUCUAUAAGAUUAUUUGUUUGAGCUUGGUGGUGGGCUCAGGAUUUUGGCUAGGCAUCGAGGGCCCUUUGGUCCACAUCUCUUGUUGCAUCUUGUCCAUUUGCUUCGAUGCCAUUUUGAGGGAUCAUGCCUCGGAAGGAAUGCGUCGUGAGCUCCUAAGCGCUGCAACCGCUACAGGCAUUGCUGUGGCGUUCAAUUCUCCCAUUGGUGGUGUCCUUUUCGUUGUGGAGCUUUUGCCUUCCUACUUUAUGCCGACAAAAAUUAUGUGGAACUCGUUUGUUUCGGCUACAGUGGCACUUGUGGCUCUCAAUGGUGUGAGGUCCUUCACUGACGGAGAAAACUUUCAAGAAGAGGACCUUUUUGAGGUUCUGUUUGGUAACUUCAGCUGGCUCUUCUUGGAGAUCAUCCCUUUCUUGCUUCUUGGUGUCUUAGGAGGAAUCUUCGGCCACUUGUACACGAAGAUGUACCUCAAAUUCUCUGAUCCUCAUUUAAAGCAGAGACUUUGGAAACGCCUAGCGGUGCUCUGUCGCAUUCAAGAGAAAAACGGCAGGUACGCUGAGUUGUUUUUGGUAGCCAUAGCCACGGCUUUGCUUACAUUCACUGUUCCGCUUACAAAAAUGCCAUUAGGAGCUUUUCUCAAGAUUUUGUUCAAGGACUGUCCAAAGGAUGAUUCUUCUUUAGAAUCAAAUUCAGAAAACUUCAUGUGUCAGCCAUCAACGGUGAUUACUCUUUUCAAAUUAAUCUACAUCCUUCUUCAAGGGUUUUGCUUGUCGGCUUAUGCGUACGGACUACUGCUUCCAGGAGGUAUCUUGAUGCCAUCACUAGUGCUAGGUGGCACCGUGGGAAGAUUUGUGGGAAUCAUCUCGCAAGCCAUCCAAAAGGCUGUUGAGGGCGACUAUUUAGCUACGUGCACUGCCAAGUCUUGUCUCGUGUCUCCAUCUUCUCAUGCAGUGGUUGGUGCAGCAGCCUUCAUGUCAGGCAUAACAAAAUUGACCUUGUGUGUCGUUGUCAUCAUCUUCGAACUCACAGGUGCAAUUUCAUAUGUCUUGCCCAUUAUGAUUGCAGUGCUUACCUCAAAGUUUGUCAACGACCAGCUUUCUGUGGAGAACGUGUACGAUGCAUGGUUGAGCACUGAGUUCAACCAUAUUGGCGAGACCGGAGAGGUCAACAGUAACAAAGGGCAUGGGCUUUGCUCGUUCGCCAAUCUCUCCGCAACAUUCAAGGCAAGACUUCCGGAUGUUACGGUUAAAACUAUAAUGGUGCCAUUGCCCAAGACAAGAAAGCUUUACAUAUGCCCCAAUGAGCCGUACACGUUAUCGUCACUUUAUGCAUUCCUUUCGGAAGACGCCCAUGAAGGUUAUCCUGUCAUUUAUAGUGACGACAAGCCCCUCAGCUUGGGUUAUGUCACCAAAAAGCACGUAUAUCUUGAGAUUGCCAGUGUCAUAGGCAACACGCAACCAACAUCUGCAGUUGUGUCGUUCCAGGCAAGUCUACCGCCACAAGUAAGAGCGGAACAAGAAGAGUAUGAGCAGAAUCUCUCUCACAGAUAUGCCAAUGUGCAUUUGGUGACACUCGAAGUGGAGAAACCGAUCAUAAUCGUCAAGGACAAUACGCCGCUCAAGCAAGUAAUUGAAAUCGUGGAAAGACUCCAUAUCAACCACCUUGUUCUCACUGAACACAAAGACAACAACAGAAUGUGUGGAUUCAUUGACAGGUUCAUUCUCUCACGUCUCGUGACGCUGCGCUUUUCAGAAUUGCAACAUGAGAUGAGUAUAGUGGAAAGCGUAGCCAGCGAAUUUGAGAUUGGCGACGGCGACGAAACCGUGGAUGAGGACGCUAACUUCAGAAGACAGCGCGAGAGCAUCGAGCUCCUCACAUGA